AUGCUGGUACCACAACAGCCCAUAUCGUGGCCAUCACGUCGAUCCAAGGCAGUCACAAAGGCAAAGGCUCCCGCCGUGGAAACAAUUCCCCAGGAAACAGACAGUGGCAGCUCAUCGAGCAGUGAGCAGAGAGAUGUUCCCGAGGUGCAGGUGCCGAGUCCGCGGGCGGGGCGCAAAGUCCACCACAGUAGCAAUGUCAAGUUUGAAGUCAUGCUACUAUAUCUGCGGCAGCAGCAGCUGGAGAAAAGGUGGGCGGAUGACAACUCUACCGAGGGCGUCAUCUUGAAACGGGGUAAGGACGACUUCAUCUGUCAACCCGCAGAUCUGCCCAGACAUGUCAAUGGGUUCUUCGACGAGACCAAAAAAUUGAACGUCAAAGUUGCCAUGACCGUGAGAACGAGCGCCAUCAGAAUGUUUCUCGAGGAGUAUCAACACCCCUUUGUGCCCUUCAGCCACGGGCAACAGCUCCAUAUCAUUGACAACAUCAGCGCGCUGUCCUUUUGCAAAAGGCAUCAUUAUGCCGCGUUUGUGCGAAGUCAAGGCAUGCUUGUUGUUUGGGACGAAGACCCGACUGAAGUCGUUAGCCGCGCAGAACGGAUCGAGAGACUCCUUGUAAAUAUGCUGUGGAGCAUGGAUAGCUCGGAUGACGAAUUGGACCCGAUCGAUGUCGAAAAGAAGGCCCUUGAUCCCUCCAGGGGGACCGGGGCACCAGACAGGUUGACGGAUGCCAGCGAAACCGACGAGGAAGAAGUCUGGGACAAGCCUCGCAAGACAGUCAUCUACCAGGCCUUCCUCGUCGCAUGCGUGUCCAUCAUAACGAUCUUCUGUCUUGCUAUCGGCUGGAGGCAAAUCGCUACCGAGAUCAAGAUCGACAAAAGCUAUUCUAGACUGGCUAUCCUAGUCCCGGCGCCUUUGCAGUUGUGGUUGGGCUGGUUUUUCUUCACGACCUUGGUCAACGGCGUCUCUCAGAUAAUCGGCCCUGUCAAACAGUUGACGGAGAAUUCACGAUUCUAUUCGGCAAUGCCGCCGGUACGUUUGACAGGUGUGGGCGCCACUCUACCCCACGUUACGAUUCAGUGCCCGGUGUACAAGGAGGGGUUGGACACUGUCAUUCACCCGACGGUGGUGUCUCUCAACAAAGCCAUAUCGACCUAUGAAUUGCAAGGCGGCAGUGCCAACAUCUUCGUCAACGACGAUGGCAUGCAAAUCAUUUCUGAGGACGACGCGCGCAGGCGGAUUCAGUAUUAUGAAGACAACAGCAUCGGCUGGGUUGCCCGGCCAAAACACGCACCCAAGGGCGACGCGGACGGCAAAAACGUCUUCAUCCGAGCCGGCAAGUUCAAGAAAGCUUCCAAUAUGAAUUUCUGCCUAGCCGUGAGCAAUCGGAUCGAGGACAAGAUGGCGGAAGUCGUACGGGCCCCGACCUGGAACCAAGAGGACGAAUACCGCCUGUACCAUUCGUGCUUCGACCAAGUCCUCGCCGAAGACAGCGGCCGCACCUGGGCCGGUGGUGACAUCCGGGUCGGAGACUACAUCCUCCUCGUGGAUUCCGAUACCCGCGUACCGCAGGAUUGUCUACUAGAUGCUGUUUCCGAGAUGGAAUCGGCGCCCGAGGUGGCCAUUAUCCAGUUCUCCUCGGGCGUGCUGAACGUGACUACGAGCUUUUUCGAGCGCGCCAUCACCUUUUUCACCAACUUGGUCUAUACAGCGAUCCGGUUCGCCGUGGCCAAUGGGGACGUGGCCGCUUUUGUCGGGCACAACGCAAUGUUGCGAUGGUCUGCAGUGCAAGAUGUCGGGUAUAUUGACGAUAAGGACGGCAUCGAGAAGUUCUGGUCGGAAAACACGGUCUCGGAAGACUUCGAUAUGGCUCUCCGGCUGCAAGCCAUGGGCUAUAUCAUGCGCUUUUGCACCUACUACGGCGACGGCUUCAAGGAGGGUGUGUCGCUGACGGUCUACGACGAGUUGUCCCGCUGGGAGAAGUACUCGUACGGCUGUGCCGAGCUGCUAUUCAAUCCGUUCCGCUACUGGGUCACACGGGGCCCCAUCACACCGCUGUUCCGCCGCUUUAUAACCAGCCGGAUGAGCCUGAUGGCGAAACUGACCAUCCUGGCCUACGUGGGCACCUAUUUCGCCAUCGCCUCCGCCUGGCCGUUGACCUUGAUGAACUAUUUCCUCAUCGGCUGGUUUAACGGCUAUUUGGAUCACGCGUACGUCACGUCGUUCGAGAUCUAUUUCGGCAUCGUCGUUGUCUUUCAGGGCCUCGGCACCGUCAGUCUGGCCGUGCUGCGGUACCGCGUGGAGAAUCGCUCACUGGUCGGCUCGUUACUGGAAAACUUCACCUGGCUGCUCCUGCUCACCGUCUAUCUCGGCGGGAUCUCUAUGCAUAUCUCCCAGGCUAUCCUCUGCUACCUCUUCAGCAUCAACAUGACCUGGGGCGCCACGGCCAAAGAGGCCGAGAGGACGUCCUUCUUCCGGGAGGUCCCUGUUAUCCUCAAAAAGUUCAAGUUCACCUUUUGUUAUUGUAUCGUCAUGAUCAUCGUCAUGAUUGUUAUGGCUGGAGUCGGCCCGUUAGGAGCCCUCGUGCCGCACGAUUGGAGGAUCACCACGUUUACGGCCAUUUUCCCACUCGCAAUCUUGGUGGCGUUUCAUUUUUUGCUGCCGCUCGUGUUGAAUCCGGGUUUGAUGCAAUUUACUUUCUAG